UCGUGGCACACCUUAGCAACUACACGAGCUGUUUGUUUAAUAAGUCUUAACAACGCCACUGGGGCAAAUACUUAAGCGUUACAUUAUUCUAAAACCUCGAAGUUCAGAUUGAAAAGGAAAUACACGUACGCUGGUGUAUCUUAUCAUUUAACGAAAAAAUGAGCAACCAAGAAGUUGUCACUAUAAACGUGGGAGGACACAAAUUUACAACGGUUGUUACUACAUUAAAGAGAUUCCCGGAGUGUAAACUCGCGCGUAUGUUAGAUGGGAGCGAUCCUGAAAUUCGCAUCAUUAAUGGACAGUUCUUCAUCGACCGAGACGGGGAUUUGUUCAGAUUUAUCCUAGACUACAUGAGGAAUCGGCAAGUUUGCAUCCCUCCGGACUUCAUGGAAUACGAAGCGCUGUGCCGCGAGGCAGAAUUCUACGAACUCCGGACUCUCGCGGAUGUGCUUAGCAAAGACUCGAUCCGACCUAGAGCGGAGAUACUCGAGGUUCGCUUCUCACUUCAGGAAACGCACUCAUUCUUCCGGAUAUUCUGCUCUUGCAGCGGCACAAUCGAAAUGCUGGCUGCAAGAAUAUCUAUUCUCGUAGACCAGACCGCCGGUAACUGGACGUACGCCUAUCAGCCCACGAAACCUAUGGCUCCAGUGCCGUUGCAGCGUCCUUCUCAUCAUGACUUAGUGUUCCAGUGCGGCAAUGAUUUUUCCGCAGGAGAGGAAUUCGCGGCGAGAUAUGUGACAAUCCAACCAGACGAAAGGAGACUUAUUAACGGUACCAACGUGCUUGGUUUGCUAGUGGACAUAUUACUGAAAGAGGGUUUCCGACUAUUGAGCACAAGAACGGUUUCAUCGGAGGAAAAGGUGGAGUGUUACACAUUUGAGAGGGUCAAGCGCCCUCAGAUCUUAACAAUCGGUGGGCACAGCACAGAGAACCUGCAGUCCAAGCUUGUCAAAUCCCAGCGGAGAAAAUAAAACAUUUAGAAGUUAA